AUGCGAUUCGCUGUUGGUGCAACCCUGAGUCUUAUUUGCUCUUCUGCUAUUGUUCUGGCUCAGACAUAUACAGAAUGCAAUCCAACCGAGAAGACCUGUCCUGCCGAUACGGCAUUGGGAAAGUCUGACCAAAAAUACGACUUUACUAGCGGUAUCUCAACCGAUUUUUCUUCAUCUGGCAAUGUCGCUUACGAUGGCACCAAUGGUAUGAGCUUCAAAAUUGCCCAGUCGGGCGAUGGGCCUUUGAUCCAGUCGGGUUGGUAUAUCAUGUUCGGCAAGUUGGAAUUCACAAUCAAGGCUGCACCUGGAACUGGGAUUGUCAGCAGUGCCGUGCUACAGUCUGACGAUCUCGACGAAAUUGACUGGGAAUGGCUCGGAGGCGAGGCAGAUCAAGUGCAGACCAACUACUUUGGCAAAGGAAACACCAGUACCUACGACCGUGGCGCUAAUAUAGCACUCACGGGAACCCAAUCGACCUUCCAUACCUACUCUGUGGACUGGACGAGUACUCAAAUUAUUUGGGCGAUUGAUGGCGAAACAGUGCGGGUUCUCACUCCUGAAACCGCCGACAGUGGCCAAUAUCCACAAACACCGAUGAUGGUCAAGGUUGGUGCGUGGGCUGGUGGUGAUUCCAAUAACACCGAGGGGACUAUCGAAUGGGCUGGCGGUGUAACAGAUUACAGCAAGGGUCCCUUCACUAUGUACAUGAAGUCAAUGACUGCGACUGACUACUCCACCGGAACCGCAUACAGCUAUGAAGGGACGUCUGGCCUUUGGACAUCUAUCAAGUCUGAAGGUGGUGAGAUCAACGGCAACAGCGCAGAUGAACCCAGUGCAGUUGCGUCUGCUCCGACUGUGACUGCGACAGUUGAUAUUCCAAUUCCAUGGAGUGGAACUCACAAGGAGACCGAUACUUGGACAACUCCUGAUGUUUGGCCAUGGGUCUCCACGGCUACAAGAGCAAGCACAACUUUCCCAGCUGGCUGGGAGUCUAGCUCGAACCACGUUCAACCCCCUGGAGGGGCUUCUUUGAGUGAGCACCCAACAACUACCAACACUUCAAUGUAUUACAGCACUAAGACCGACAUUUUAUCUUUACAGUCUACCUCCCAGUCUAUAUUGGAGUCAUAUCUUUCCUCGCAAGCUGCUUCACCUUCUUCCGGAUUUGAGGCUGGCUUGAAACACACCACACUGCACACAACAAGCAUUACUUCGCAGACCACCAUAACCGGUGGAGACAAAAUUGAGAAUAGUCAAGAAGCUCUCACUGCAACAGCCACUCAUUCUUCAUCAACCGUGGCUCCUUCGGUUGAAGGUAGGAUGAGCUCGAUCCAAGUUCCUACACUUUUUGGUUCUCUUUGUGCACUCCUUGGUAGCAUUUUUGCUAUGAUUUGA